GCGAAUGUGCAGGUUUCUAACAUUGGAAUACUAACAACUGCUCUUGCACCAGUCUCAGUCAAGCUGCUCUUUCUCAUUCAACAGCUAAGAUGGUUGAAGCAUUCUGUGCUACCUGGAAGCUGAUUGACAGCCAGAACUUUGAUGAGUACAUGAAGGCACUGGGAGUUGGCUUUGCUACUCGUCAAGUCGGGAAUGUUACUAAACCAACUGUGAUCAUCUGCCAGGAAGGAGGCAAAGUGGUGAUCAGGACCCAGAGCACCUUCAAGAACACAGAAAUCAGCUUCAACCUGGGAGAAGUAUUUGAUGAAAUUACCGCAGAUGACAGGAACUGCAAAUCAGUGGUGACCAUGGAUGGAGAUAAAUUAGUUCAUGUACAGAAAUGGGAUGACAAAGAGACAACCUUUGUUAGAGAAAUUAAAGAUGGUAAAAUGGUCAUGACCCUCACCUUUGGCGAUAUAGUUGCUGUUCGCCAGUAUGAAAAAGCAUAGAAUUGUCAAGCUCUUAACUGGGUUUGUAUGAAGAGCUGUCCUCAGAUGAUCAUCUCUGAAAUGAACAUUGCUGACAUGGAAGGAAAACC